CUAUACCCAGUCAGCUUCGCCCAAAAGAUCCAAAAACGCGUUUUUAAUCGAUUUCUUAUAUCCCGCCCCUUUCUCCGAUACUUCCAUAUUAAAGAAAAAACAGGCAGAAAGAAAGAUCAACAGUCCACGGUUGACCCCCUCCCUCUUCUCUCCCCCCUCAAUUUAAUCAUCCAGAUAAAUAGAAUAGAGUAGUAGUUGAACCCCAUAGCAGCCAACAAAGAAUACCUCCAUUUCUUACCCCAAUAAAACUACCCCAAAAUCCCACCAUUCUCCUCCCAAGAACACCACCCGGCUAAUCAUGAACGAUCUCUUCUCCGGUUCCUUCUCCCGCUUCCGCAGCGAAGAGCCGCCUCCGUCUGUCGAGAUGACCUCCUCUGCCACCGCCGGUGUCAAUCUCGACAAGUUCUUCGAAGAUGUCGAAUCCAUCAAGGAGGAACUCCGAGAGAUGGAGUCCCUGCAGCAGAAGCUCCACGACGCUCACGAGCAGAGCAAGACUCUCCACAACGCCAACUCCGUCAAGGAGCUCCGAUCGCGGAUGGACUCUCACGUCUCCCUCGCUCUCAAGAAGGCCAAGCUCAUCAAGCUCCGCCUCGAAGCCCUCGAUCGCUCCAACGCCGCCAACCGCAGUCUCCCCGGAUGCGGCCCCGGUUCUUCCUCCGACCGCACCCGCACAUCCGUCGUCAACGGCCUUCGCAAGAAGCUCAGGGACUCCAUGGACGCCUUCAACUCCAUCCGCAACCAAAUCACCUCCGAGUAUCGCGAAACCGUCCAGCGCCGCUACUUCACCGUCACCGGCGAAAAUCCCGACGAAAAAACCGUAGAUCUGCUCAUCUCCACCGGCGAGAGCGAAACCUUCCUUCAGAAGGCGAUCCAAGAGCAAGGCAGAGGUAGAGUUCUGGACACCAUCUCCGAGAUUCGCGAGCGCCACGAGUCCGUCAAAGAACUGGAGAGGAACCUCAAGGAACUCCACCAGGUGUUCCUCGACAUGGCUGUCCUGGUCCAAGCUCAGGGAGAGCAAAUCGACGACAUCGAGAGCCAGGUGGCAAGAGCCAAUUCGUUCGUUAGAGGCGGAACACAGCAACUCCAAACGGCGCGUAAGCACCAGAUCAGCAGCCGCAAGUGGACCUGUUACGGUAUUAUCAUCUUGAUUGUGAUUAUCUUGUUGAUUGUGCUCUUCACCGUGCGGCCUUGGGAGAACAACGGCAGCAGCAGUAGCGGGAACACCAGUAGCACAUCUCCACCUCCACCACCUCCACCUACUCAGGCGUAGCCCGUAGGAUUGAUUGAAGUCCAGAUUUUUUAUCUUACACCGAGAUGCACCAUAUAGUACAUGUAUUAUUUUAUUUGUUAUUUUUGAAGACUUUUUUCUACGGUCCCAUUUGGCAUUAGUGAAUAUGGGGGGUAGUUGAAUCAUUGAUGGAUGUGCAGUUGGAUUCAAUGUUUAUCUCAUUGAAUAAAAAUGGUGAUGCAAAUUUUGAAAAUCA